AUGGGGGUAGCUAUGAACUUGAAAAUAAAAAAGAAGAGCUAAUUUUUAAUCAAUCAACCUUCAGGUGAAGACACCUCUCGGUCUUUCAAUAUUAAUUAGGUAAAUCAGCACUCAGAAUAAUAGGAAAGCAUUUCAAAUACUGUGUAAAGUGAUGAUAUAUCAGAAAUAAUCAAAGAUUAUGAAAACGAGGAGGCUGAAAAAGAUAUUGAUAAAGAAAGGACAGAUAAAAUACUACUAUAGAAUAAAUCUAGAAAAAAUACAAGUUUGACUCACUAAUAUGAUAGUAACUCCGCGCUAAAAAGGACGACUACAAGUAAACUGCAAGAUAGAAUAAUAAAUCUUAAAGGACUUACUCUGAUUAACACAAAGCUGCCUAGAUAUAUGAAUGAUACUAUGGAAUACACAAAUAGAGAUAGUCAUUUGCAUAUAGAUAUAAUACCCGAGUUUAAUGAAUUUAGACUGGAUGAUUCUGACCGAGGUGGUAAAACUUUAAAUUUCUAGAGAGAGCAUGAUGAUCUAUUAUCUCCAGAUCCAAUUGGAGUAAGGCAAAAACUUAAACAAAUUUUUUUGAACAGAUUAAUAAAUGUCAGCGAGUUCCAAGUUGAGUUUAAAUUUGGGACAUUUUUAAAGUUUAUGAUAUACCACCUAUUAUUCUUUUAUUUAGGACCACUAGCUUCAAUUCUUGUUCUGAUCUUCGAUACUAAAUAAAUAGUAAAUAACAUGUCUUUUUGGAUUACUACUGGAAAUAAAGCAUCUUUUUUCACUUAAAUUAUUCAAUGGAUUGCUACUAUUACUGUAUGUGGCUCCUGGGCUUAAAAAUAAUAUAGAUUGUUUCCAAUAGUAGAAAUUAACUUAGACUACAUAUUUCUAGAAUAACUUUUCUUUUUUAAUUUAAUGGUCCUAAUUCGCAGCUUUGUAAUUGCAGUGCGAUAUGGUUAUACAUCGCAAUUCAGAUUGACUACUUUGAGAAAUUCUAAUUAAGAUCUAAGUUAUAUUGCUUAGGAUUUGCUAUUGCCCACUUGGAUCAACUUUAAUCCUGAGGGCCUUGAUUUAGAAAUUGAGGCAUCAAUGUGGAGAAAUUAAGUUGAGCCUGAAACAUUCAAAUUUACAUUUAUUGAAGAACUUGAAAAAAAUAUGGGUGAAAGAUUACUGAACAAAAAUUAUUACGCUAACCUGGAUAAAUCUUUUAAGAUGAAAAACUACAAAUAAGAUAUAUCUUCUUUCAAGGCCUCAAUCAGGCAUAGAAGAAAUAGCUUAGAUAGAAUUGACAUUUAUAACAAUGAUUAUGACAUGUUCGGGCUUCAUUCAUAAAGAAAUAUUACUUUGACAAAUUUAAAGGAAAAAAAGUAUUGUGGAAAUCUUUUAUUAAGAGAAAUAGCAUUAUUUGCAGGCGCUCAUUAAAGAUCUACUGCUUUAUUCAUGACGCUAUCUAUUAUUGGAAAAUUAUCUUUACCAUUUAUUGCUAGAUACAUAACUUAUGAAAGAUUUGAACUUCCCUGGGAUUCUUCAAUUUACACAGCAUUUGACUCAAUUGCAACUUCUCUGUUUCUCUUGCAAAACUACUUUUUUGUAGCUGCUGGGCAUGUUGAUUUUCAAAGAAGAUAUAAUAUGAUGAAGUCAGUUAGCGCAUUGAUUACACCAUUUAAGGAUAAUUACGACAUUAAGUUUCAAAUCUUUCCAACAAUUAAUUUGGUUAGCAAAGAGAGCUUGCAUGCUUGGUUCUAACUAAGAUGCUGUGUCAUGGAUUUUGGUCGUAAAUACAUGAUGAGAAUCUUCAUGUAUUCAUCCGUAUUUUUAGGAAUGUAUCUGUUUUAUGCUGCAUUUUUACUGAUGAGUUUCUUUGGCUUUUUGCAAUUUGAAUUUUCCUUGGUGUUUAACAUGAUCUGUAUAUUUGACAUUGUUAUUAUCUUGGGUCUCAUCCUCUCAAUGUUCUUUUACGGAGCAGCAAUAAACGAGGAAUUUGUUGAGAACAAGCUGCAACUGAUAAAAAUCAAAUAAAUUUUAAUAUACUCAAAAUCUAAUCUUAGAAGAAUAAUCAACAAGAAUACAAAGUUUUCUGCUGCGUAUCUAAAGAUAUUCCAGAAAAUCUUUUAAUAAUUAUUUCAAGAUAAAAGAGAUGAGUUCACUAAAAUUUAAAAGUCAUUCACUUCUGACCUUAUCUUGUUAGAUCUGAAGAUUCAUAUUGAUGACUUGAUUGAGCAAAUAGAUUCUAUAAUAUAGAGACUUGAGGUUGAAAAUGAGCACCGCCCACUUAAGCUGCUUGGUUUGAAGGCUACAUACGCCUUUAUGAAUCAAAUAUAUACUACUCUAUUUACUUUAGCAGUGGCUAUAUCCCAAAGAUUCUAUUCUGGAGGUAACACUAGUUAUAUCUGA